AUGCCAAUUAAAGUUCAAGAACGAGAAGUUGAAAUAGAUUCAGAUAUAAUACCUGAUUCACAAAUAAACUAUGAUGAUGCAAUAUUAUAUUGGUCAUCAGUACCAGCAUCAGUAAAUGGUGUUUUGGGAGGAUUUGGUGAGCAAACUUCAGUUCCAAAAGCAGAUAUAGUUGGAUCAACAGCAUUUUUAAGAAAACUACAAACCAGAAUGGAAACAAAUCAACCGAAAUUAACAAUAGAUAUGGGUGCUGGAAUAGGUAGAAUUACAAGAGAUUUGCUUUGGAAAGUAAGUGAUAAAGUUGAUUUACUAGAACCUGUAAAACCAUUUGUUUCCCAAAUGGAAAAAGAAUUAAUUGGUGUGUCAAAUAAAGGUAAAUUGGGUCAAAUAUAUGAUAUAGGUAUGCAAGACUGGAUACCUGAUAAACAAUACUGGUUGAUUUGGUGUCAAUGGUGUGUUGGACAAUUACCAGAUGAUGUAUUGGUUGAAUUUUGGAUUAAAUGUAAAAAGGCAUUAAUUGAAAAUGGUACAAUUAUUGUAAAAGAAAAUAUUGCUCCAGUCGAUGAUAUAUUUGAUGAAAUUGACUCUUCAGUAACUAGAACAGAUGCUAAAUUUAGACAAUUAUUUGAAAAAGCAGGUUUGAAAUUAAUUGCAAGUGAUAUACAAAAGGGAUUGCCUAAGGAAUUAUAUCCUGUUAGAAUGUAUUGUUUAAAGUCUAAUUGA